AUGGUUCAGAAGAUCCUCCUUACUGGUGCAACUGGUUAUGUUGGUGGCACAGUACUGUCAACUCUGUUAGCAUCAAAGAAUACUGGCAUUAGCGCUUUAUCGAUUUCGGUGCUCGUACGCAGAAGGCAACAAGCCCAUCUACUGGAGAGUAAAGGCGUCCGUGUCUUGAUGUUCGCGGGAUUUGAUGACGAUGGAGUCAUACGACAAACAGCUGCCGAGCAUGAUGCUGAGCGGAAGAAGCAACUAGGGUCGGAUGUAUACUAUAUUCAUAUAUCAGGGACAUCGAGCCUCGCAGAUAGCCCUGUCUUGAAUCUCCACACAAGCCAUCCCAAAAUCCCCUUUUCAGAUCGUGAUCCGGAACGGAUCACCACGACCCUUCAGUCUCUUGAAAAUGAUAUUUCUUAUCCUCAAAGGACGACUGAUCUCAAAGUGCUAUCUCUAGGUGAGGAGUUGCAUGUCAGAACUUACAUUUUAUACCUACCAAUUCUUUAUGGUAUUGGUACUGGCGACUUCAAUACUAUUUCGGGACAAAUACCGGCUUUGAUGAAAGCAACCUUGAGAGACGGCUAUACGAGUGUCGUGGGAAAUGGGCAAGGUCGCAAAAGCCAUGUUCAUAUUGAAGACGUCGGAUCCUUCUGCGAAUUGAUUCUUGACCAAUUGUUAACUAACAAGCCAGUGCCAUUCGGCAAUAAAGGGGUAUUCUUCGUAACCUCUGGCUCUCAGUCAUAUCAUGAUAUCUCGAAAGGAAUCUCGAAAGCGGCUGUCGAGUUGAAAGUCAGCAGAAACGAGGAGCUUGUUUCAUUGACUAUUGACGAGGCUGUCAAGAAGCUCGGUUGGAGUGACAGCAAAAUGGUUAUCGAGCUGGGGUUUGUUUCUAGGUCAGUUACUUAUAUUCAGCUUGGGCCCGAUUGGCCUGUGAAAGACUUUUGA